AUGGGCCAAAAUCUAGGCCGCCAGGCCCAACCCCCCUACGCUCCUCCGCGCCAACCCGACAGCCAAGAAGCCUCUCUCCUCCUCCAACUCCCCGCCGACAUCUUCGUUCUAAUAUCCCAGCACCUUUGCCCCGCCGGACGGAUGUCCCUAGCGCUCACCAGCAAAGCCGCCUUCAACUUCCUCUACGAGGAGGCGCGCGCCGACCUGCGGCUCUCGCACUGGCCAACCCUCCUGCCGCUCCUCGAGCGCCUUGUCGGCGUCGGAGACCAGCUAUACUACUGCCAAUUCUGCAACAUCCUGCACCCCUUCGCCGUAUCCACGCACCCAGGCCCCCCAUCCAGAUCUAGAUCUCAGAACCAGACCCAGCCCCCCUCGCGAUGCAAGAACCGGCAGUCUUUCUCCCCGGGCUCGGGCUCGGGCUACGUGAUCGCGUACCACCACGUCCGGCUAGCCAUGAACCAGCACUUCUACGGUGCGCCUUGCGGGAUACCGCUGCACCAGUUCGAGAGAACGCACGCGGUUCGCAGCGGCGCCGCGCGCUGGGCGCAGGAGUGGACGGCUAGAGUCGUCGACCACGAGCUUUUGCUCUGCUGCGCGCACACGCUGACGCAGGGCCGCGAGACAGCGCGCGCGUUUCGCGACGCGGUUAAUACGGGGGUGUACGACAUAUGUCAUCACGUGGGAGUCCACCGGGGUGCUCAGCUGCAGAUCACGUUCCCCAAGGUCGCGCAUCAUCAAGGCUUUGAGCUGUCCGACAUUACGUCGGGGCAGCAGCGUAUGCAGACGGUUCAGGGGUCCUGUGAUGUCUGCCUCACGGAUUAUCAGACGACGAUCGCCUGGAGAGAGCAAGGGUCGGGAAAAUCUGGGGCGGUCUGGUCACUGGCUAUCACUUCUUACCAUCAGUUGGGGAGCUGUCGCUCGCCGUACGAUCCCAAGUGGCAGGCCUUUGCUGUUGAGCGGUCGAGGUCCCGCGCAGUCGGGCGGAAUCAAACGCUGCACCCGAGUGGAAUAAUCAAAGACAGAUGGGAAGCAUAUGAACCUUAG